GCGCUGGCCAAAAAGCUAGUAACAUAUUAUAACAAAUGAGCUUAUUUUUAUUUUGUAGAUAGUUAGUUAUGUUGUAUAUUCACUGUUUCACAGUUAGUGUUGUAUUAUAUAUUUUACAUCAUGUUUGUUGUUUGGUUAGAGCAUAAACUUCAUGUUUCAAAUGCAUUAUCCACCAGAACUUGUGAUUUAACACGUGGUCAUAUUAAGAAUUGUAAAAUCAUAUUAAAGAUACCGGAUAACUAAGGCAACGUAUUAUCAAACAAAAAGGGGGCAAAGUACCAUCAUAAUUACGGAAAACAUAAGCAUAUCAAAUAAAUUUGAACCUCUUAAGUGACCUACCUCGUGUAAAGCUAGCCAGUGGUUUAGUGCACUUCAAAAUUUCAGAUACUUAUUUUGCUACAAUUGUAACUCACCAAAAUCUAGUGAAAAGAGUGUUUGUUUCCUCCCGUAGCUAUCAGGGUUUGUAACCAACCAAAAUAUAAUGCUUGUGAGCUACUGAGCUCUCAACAAUUCAUGUGCCCAAAUCACUCUGCAUGUGGAAAAAUUGUUCCAAAGAUUAUAAGCAUCAUUUGUUCUCCUCUAGGAAACUAGCAGAGUGAUUUGGGCACUUGAGGCCCGAUCAGCAAGGCAACCCAAGAGGACCACCUGCAGUUGCUCUCCGCAGCCCACAUUUAUAUAGGGUCGUUCUUGUUUUAGGUAUCUCUCGCUACUUGAGUUUGAUUGAUUUAGAUAGAACGAUCCUUUGCUUUCUUUGUGUUUACACAGUCAUUGAGUCAUCCUUGUGUUUGGAAGCUCCAUUCAUACCGUUUGAGUUUAGAUGAGGUUCCACAUGAGUGAUUGUGCAUGGUUUUGCUAAGAAUGUGAAGUGAGUGUGGAGGUAGGUCUUAAAAGUGAGCAUUGUUCCUUAAGUUCAAAAAUGUGGCAUGUGUAUAUAGCUCUCUAUAUACCCCAAAGAAAAGAGAAAAGAAAAGCAAAAGAAAGAAAAAAAGUUAAUAAAAGGGCAAAGAAGAAAAGAGAGUGGCCACCAAAAAUAUAAUAAAUGUUGAACAUGCUCUUAGAAGUGUUUCUUGGCAUGCCAGCUAUAUAAACACAUACAUGUUGUUAACCUCUACACUCUUGUGCUUGAAAUUGACUAGUAAAUGUAGAAGGAAAGUAUGUAUGACUUGGUUUGGGAUUGAUUGUGGUUUGGAAUUGAGAGAAGUGUGGUUUUUGUGCCGAUGCUAUUGGUCGUUGAUUAUAGGAAAGGUUCUUAGUCGAAACCAUAAAACCUUUAGUUGGUUUUAGGUUGAAGAUGUGGAACCUCAUGUUGUGUUUGCCACCACCCAAAUAGCUUUUUUCCAUGCCCUAGACCCUAGCCAGUCAUUUUGAACUCGUGACUAAGACCUCGGGACAAGCUAGCAACGACACCCAUAUUGUGAGUUCUAACAUUUAGAGGUUACUGUCAUGGUAAAGUGACAUUAGGAUUGAGCGUGAAUAUGCACAUCUUUUGCGUCAAAUGGUCCUAACCCCAAUGGUCGAGAGUGAGUGAUUCAUUCAUCAUGUUUUGUUCAUUUCUUAUACCCUGACGAGAACCUAGGUUGCUUGAUCGUUCGUUCCUAUGAUGUGAUCUUCACGCCUGAGUGAUUGUGAUUGGUGAGUCGUGGAAACACGUUAUGUUUUGGUUGAUAAAUAAUGUGAGAACUCUUCAUUGGCACAACCUUAAUACAGUUGAAUGUCGUUGGCGGUGGUUUCCAAGAUUACUUUGUUUUUGUCCAUAGGUCGGUGUCCAAUAACCAUUGUGAUUCAUUCGUUUUGUACCCUAUGACAUGCCCCAAAAAUUUUAUUGAAAAAGAAAUUGUAAGCUUACCAUGUUUUGUACUUGGUUUGCUUGGGGACAAGCAAACGUCUAAGUGUGGGGGAGUGAUUUGGGCUCAAAUGUACACAUUUUACCCCUCAUUACUUAUCCGUUACGCUUAGUAGAUCACCGUCUUUAGACCUAUUUUAUGCUACGUUGUGCUUGUUUUGUUUCAUUUCAGGUCCUAGCAUGCGUGGGAAGGUCCUGAACGAGUUUUGGGUCAUUCGGAGGUCAAAACGAGCCAAAAAGUGGAGGUUGAGCCCUGUUCAAACCGUGAAGUGACCAAUUUCCAGCACGGUUCUACAGGUUACUGGCUUCAAGUCAGUUCACAGUCUCUAAGACCGUGAACUGAAAGCCCAAAUCGUGAAGUCGUCAGUUUACUAUCUCUAAAAUCGUGAAUUUAUCAACGCGGCCAUGAACUAAGGUCUAAGACCGUGAACUGGGCCUUGUCGGGAAAAUAUAAAGACAAUAGCGGAGAGAGAGAAAGGAGAGGUGGUUUUUGGAGAGGAAUUACUUUCUUUCUCUUGGGUUUCAACCCAAAACACCAAAGGGGAGUUCUAGUGAGAGAAAGAGAGAGAGAGAGAGAGAGUUCUUGAGUGAUCUUGGAGCUUAAUUGAAGGCAUUGAUCAAGUUUGGAAGCAAGGAUUCAAGCCUAGAAGAAGAAGAAGAUCUUAGGCUCCAAUUUGUAAUCUCUCUCUCCUCUCUCUAGAAACCCACCAUCUUCUCUUGGUUUAAGAACCCUAGGUCUAGAUUUUGGUUUUAUCUUGAUUUAUGUGACAAAUUUCAUGUUUAAUUGAUGAGUUUACUUAAUUGAUGGAUGGUUUCAUGAAUGAUAUGAGUGUGGUUUCCAUUUUCAUACAUUAACCUUUUGACCUAGGAGGGAGAAAAUCGCCUUAAAACCAUGGUAAAGAAAACCGGAUCGUACCGGCCGGUUGAACCGGUAAAACCAGAAAUCGGAGCACGGACGACACGGUAGGCUGUUUGUGGGCAUAAUAUCGUGCCGGCCGGUUUAUCCGGUUUAAACGGCACAAUCCGAAAUACCGCCCGGUUUUGGUCUAACCGGGGUAGGCUUUUGGGAAGGGAACAUUGUCGUUUUUUACCAAAAAAAAAAAAAAAAGAAAUCGGCCGAAGGCCAAAAUUCAAAACCCUAUCUCUAAGGCAAAUCGUACGAAACGAAAAACAGGAGCAUUCUUUUCUUUCUUCCCAGCGGCUGCCGACCAGGAAGAAACCCCAUCGCUCUUCCUCUUCUCCAGUUCUCCUCUGGUGACCGGCGACUAGUAACCGCCGAGCCGUGACCAGCAAAUAGGAACCGCCGAUGUGUGACCAACGACCGGCGGCGAGUCGACCGGCCGCGAUCCCUGCUUUGCUCCGCUCCAGCGACCGCCGACCUAACUGGCGACCAGCGAUCCCUACUCCGCUCCGUCGCUCCGCUGCUCCUCUCCCCCGUUGUGCUACUCCUCCCCGCCGCUUUGCUACUCCUCUCCGCUCCUCCUCGACGGUCGCCAACGCAAAAGCUUUCUUCUUCUCCUGCAAACUAGUGUUGUCACAGUGUUGUUUUGGAUUAUAAGUUCUUCUGUUAAGAGAUCUUUGGGAUGAGAAAAUAUUGAUUUGGCUAUUGCAUGGAGAAAUUGAUAAAAAAAAAGAGAGGAGAAGAACAGAGCUUGACACUGCUCUCUGGAUAGCCGAAGAAGAGGGAGAAAGAGAGAAGGGAAGGUUGUGGUGGGUGGACGGUUGGUGUCUUGGUGAAUGGCAGGGAAGGGAUAAGGGAAUGUGAAAGAAAAGAAAAAAAGAAUAGUGAAACACUUAGAUAAACAAUAAAAUAUAAUAAAUAAUUUUUUCAAAAGAAAAGACAAUAGAUAUUUAUUUUGACU